ACUCAAAAAAAUAAUCUACGAAAGGCUCUCCAAGUAUGAGAAAAAUUCAAAAGGAAAUAUUGAAUUUGCCUUAAAAUAGUCAAACUUCAACCUUAAUCUGUUUUAAUGGUUAGGUUUACGAAAAAACGUUUGGACCUUUUUUGAAGAGCAUUCAAUUUCCUUUCAAUUGCUUUUUCAAGCAGUUGGAAGAUAAAUUUGAAUUUUUCUAUCUGUUAAUAAGCAAAAAAAAAAUAGAAAACUAUAAGACGGAGUACUUUCUCGUUACAAUUAAGAGAUCAUACUUGGAGAGCCUUUCCUAGAGGUCUCUAAGAACUUACUUUUCUGAGUACCAAGCGAAAAACAAUUAUUAAAUUUUUUUGACUCACUCUAGUAUCCAUACCUACAUAUGUGCAUGUCAAAAGCGCUAGUUGAGUGUUUAAAUAUAAAUUCAGUUACUGUAUCAGCUGUAAUGCCUUUAGGUUGCAAAUGAUUGCCUGAUAAGAAAACAGGACAAUAAAAUUUUAUUUAUGACGAGAUGAUUAUUUGAAAAUGUAAAAUAGAGCUACCUAUACUAUAGUGGUGCGAUAUUGGCGGUUCCGACUAAUGAGCAACUUCUUAGUGUUAAAAAUAUAUAAAGUGAAAUAAUCGCAUUGUUUUCAGAUACAAUCUUCUAGCAUAUAAAAGGAUACAUUUUUGGCUCUAGCUCUUCAUUUUUGACCCCAACAUAAAACUCGGGCUGAAAUUUUCGACACGCUGUAUAAAUAUGUAUAUAUUUUUAUGAUCAACUCGAGCAGUAUUCAUCGUCGGCAUCUUGUUAUUGUGGUUUUGGCAAAAUCUCUAUAUCGCAUCUAAAUAUCUAUCGUAUUUAUCUUAAGCUAUAUAAGAUUCUAUGUUGUAAAGAUACAACAAACUGUUUGGAGGCCAAUGUCAUGUAAACUUAGCAAGUUCAUUGUACUACAUUUGUAAUGCGGAAGCCGGACGCAUAGCGUCUAUAGAUAAGCUUAAACACUUUAGCCUAAUCACAGCGAUAAGCUAUUUACACAGUUGUUUUUGGAUAUGAACAGUAUAUAUAUAAGCGACACGAUUAUUAGCCGGCUCAAGUAUCAAAACAAGCAUCUAAUAUGAACGACAGCGUAUACAAGCCAAAACUAUUACUGCUGUUGUGCAUUGCAACGCUCUCCACCGCUGAGCAGAACAUAGCAACAACGAAGCAGUCUCCAAUUCAGCUAAAUAGUGUCGUUGGACGCAUUAUGGGCGGCUAUGAGGCGAAUAUAGCACAGUUUCCCUAUCAAGUGUCCAUUCAGCAGGAAGGUGCGCAUCGCUGCGGUGGCGCCAUUUAUAGCACGACGAUUAUAGUGAGCGCCGCGCACUGCUUCGAGUUGUGGGAUAUGCCGGAGUUGUUUGCCGUGCGCGCCGGUUCGUCGGAGCACGAACGAGGUGGCGUAUUAUCGCUGGUACGACGAAUUUUUGUACAUCCACAAUUUAACCCAACUAACGGUGUAAGCGAUGAUAUAGCAGUGUUGGCGUUAACACAUCCACUAUCAUUUAGCGUAAAUAUUCAACCGAUACCGUUGGCUUCAAGUGCAGAUAUGACAGUUGCAUCCCAUACGGUAUUCUUUGUGAGCGGUUGGGGUGCAGUUACAGACGGUUCGCGUUUGCGAUCGCCACGUUUACUCUUCGUGACACUUCAACAAUUCGAGCAGCGCUCUUGCGAGACCACAUACGCUAACAUCGUGCAUGUAACCGAGGGAAUGUUGUGUGCCGGUACGGUGCGUGGUGGACGUGAUAGCUGUCAGGGCGAUUCUGGUGGUCCGUUAGUGGGCUAUUCACGUGGACAAUUUGUUUUGGUGGGUGUAGUAUCGUUUGGCAUCGGUUGUGGAAGACCGGGUAUCCCUGGUAUUUAUACACGCAUUACAGCAUAUAAAGAUUGGAUCGAGUUGGUUGCGAAGCAGAUUUGAGUCGGAAGUAGCUUAAGAGAGAGUAAAAUGUAAAGCAUAUGUAUUUAUAUUUAUGUAAGAAAGCUCAGGUCAAUUAUAUGUUUUUAUAGUUACGAUAUUUAUCUAGAUUUAAAACCAAUAAAAUAUUUAAGGCUUUAUCUUUUAGCUUCUAAAAUUAGAUAAUGGUUUUAUAAAAAGAUUUUGCGUAUAUAAGUAGCUGUUAAUCGGGUCAACAACAACACAAAAGCUGUCACUUUCUAGCUAAAACCCCUCCUUUACUUUCUAUUAAACUUUAUCACAUGUCUUACAAAAUUAUGACACAAUGAGGUUUAACCGAAUAAUCUCGUUAAUGAUAUCCAUUCAUUUACAACUGUCAACGAACUAUGUAUUUAGUACCACCGUCUUUUCAAAAUUAUAUAUCGUUGGAAUCCAAAGUAUUUAAUUUGAGUUUCCGGCUAUACAAACCUCUCUCGCUAAAGCUCCAUACAAAAAUAAUAGUGCCAGAUUCACCGCUAUUCCGAAACUAACAUAAACUAGUAUUUUUUGGGAAGAUAUCAUUAGCCUCGUUAGUCGACCUUUUAUAGCUUUUUAAGUUAUUAAGUCGCUUCAUGCUAAGUAUAUUUUUGAAAAAGCUUCCGACUGCACUAAAAAAUAUGGCGCGAGUGGAAAAAUUUAACUAUGAUCUGCUGAGUUACAUAGUUAAAUUUCUGUUUUGUUCCAUGACGCUGAGUGCUCCAAAGGUCUAAACUAUUACCCUUACUUUGACAAUUGAUUGUAUUGCGUUGAUUUGAUGUUUAGUAAAUGGAAAAUCAUGCACGGUCAGUUUGAAAUACUGCAAAAAAAUAUUCAAAGGACUUUAGAGGUCUCGACAUUAUAUUGUAUUUUGAACAUUAUUUAAUCACGAAAGAACUCAGACCGCUUAGGAGAUUGUAUCGAACGUAAAAUUUUGGACUUUUCUUUAUUUUGUUAAAAAUACUUCUCUCUCUAAUUCAAAUAAUAUUUUUUUUCUAUAUGGAACAGCUGUAUGUGUUAAUUAAUAUGAACAAAAAAAAAUAAUAUAUAUUUGUUGUGUAUAACUUUUUUCAGUAUUACUUAUCUUAUUUUGGUCAUAAUGAUAAUCGUAGCUAGCUUAUCAAUACAUAUCCUUUACGUGACGUAUCCCACAAAAAUCAGUUGACAAAGUUGACUAAUGGACAGAUUCGAUCACAAAAAGUUCGUCAAAGUAAUGUUACGGAUUCAUUAGCUUGUUCCACCGUCCUCUUGAGACCAGUUGACACAUAGAUGAUUGAUUUUGACUUGGAGAAGCAAAAGGUAGCGAUCCAUAUAUAUGUAGGCCCAAUCAUUGAAUAAAACGUUGGCUUCAUCUUCAGUUUAAAAAAAAAAAACUGAUUGUGACUUUCGCAUACAAAUCACACUAGGCAGUUAUCCUUUCUGCAUACAAAGGCACCUGCAGUGUCUCUUUGGGAUUUUACGCACUCUAAUCCUGAUGUUUUGUCGGAAAAUUAUAAAUAUAUCUAAGUUCACGACAUAGAGCGCGAGCUUUGGAAUACAAUUUUCGUGACUUUCUAACGUCACUUCAGUUAAAAGGUUUGCAUUGUAUCUUGUCAAAGUAUACUGAACUGAAAUGUCAAACACAUGUCUUUUCCUUGACAGCUGGUUUGACAGCUAUGCCUCUAGAACAUUUUAUACCGUUGAAACCACUCUUU